AUGAAAGAAAGGAAAACCAGAAGAAGCCAUACAAACUCAAGAGAUGGUUGCCCCAAUUGCAAAAGCAAAAGAAUAAAGUGUACAGAAGAGCUACCUUCUUGCCAUAAUUGUAUUAAAAAAAACUAUAGAUGUGGUUAUCUAGAUUUCCCUGAACACAAAUUACAGAUAAUUAGAAAUAAAAACAACAAGCGAUUAUUACAAGAGCAAAGAGUGUUAGAUAUUAUCCCACCAGGAACACCACAGCAGUUCCUCCAACCAUUACCACAACAGCUACAACAGCCACCACCACCACCACCACAGCCACCAAUACCGUCAUUACUACCACCAUUACAACCACUGUUACCAACGUUGCCGCAACAGUUGCUACCACCAGCUCCAUCGUUUCUAUCAGUACCACAUCCUUACCAAAAUACUACUGAACAACAUCCAUUGCAAAGUAAUAAUGAUAUAUUUAAUCAUGACAAUCCUACACCUUACAGUCAUACUCCCGUGCCAUUACAUUUAAACGACCAGGCUCAGUUUAUAGACAAUAAUACUGGGUUUUCAAUGCCUGUGACAACACUGGGUCCUCAAUACCAUAGUAACUCAACAUCAUUGUACUCCUCACCUUUGUCAACAACCCCAAAUUAUAUCAAUGAACUAAUACCAAAUUUCAAACCUCCCACAAUACCGAAUGCAGAAAACUCAAUAACUCCCCCGAACAUUUUUGAGACUGUUCCCAAGGACAAAAUUGAUUAUUCCAUAGAAGUUCCAGGUUCAAAAUCAGAUUUGAAAAUUGCUCUUUAUAAAGAUUCAGUUAGAAAAAUAUCCCUUGGACGCAAUGGUUUGCAUUUGCCUACUUAUUCUUCAGACUCUUCGACUUACAAUAAACAGACCCCAAAUAACGAAGAUUAUCUGAUCGACCCGCAACAGCAAAACCGUGUCAGUCACCAAUCCCCUUCUCAACAGUCUAAAAACAACAACAACCAUCAGCACCAGCACCACCAUGAUAACAGUCAAAAACCUUUCCAAUACAACAAUAAUACUCCAAUUGACCCACUUUCUGAAUUUGAUACGGGGUAUGAAUCUCAAUCUAGUGACGGGUUUGGAAGUACAAGGCACAUAUUUGCUGAACAUUUUGGUAUAGUAAUCACCAACGAUGAUAAUGGAAUUGGUAGAAAUAAUGAUUUGGUCCCUAAUGGUAGUAUCGGAGACACGAUUUCUGGAAAUAUCGGCAAGCCAUUACCUAAUGCUAGAAAUAGCCCUAUUUCAUUUAAAUUGUUAAAUCCCACUGAGUAUCCAUAUCGUAGCGAAAUACAGCUAAAUCACCGACACCAAGCAUUUGAAAAUAAAAUGUUAGUACCUACCAUUAGUUGGACUAUGGCAGACAACAAACUUCUCUGGAACACCAUGUUUAAUGGUGCAGUGAGUUCUCGCUAUUCCUUUUUUUCAUUCUUUAUGGAUCGUUCUUUGAAUGUUAUUUUGAAAGCAUGUAUCAAGGCCGUUCAUUCCGGAAGUAAUGAAACUUGUUUCAACGAGCGCGUCCAAGAUAUAUUACUCAAAAAAUCGUACAUCUAUUACGGGACAUUAAUUAAAGAUUUGAGGGAAUCUAUGGCAAACGACUCCAUAGAAAAUAGUACAAUAUUACUGUGGUUUGCAAAUUGGUCAUUAUUCAUACACAGAAGCAGUACUUUAAAGGCGGAAAACCUAAUUUUAACAGGAUCAGCAUCACUAUUAUGGAACUGUUUAAAUCAAUACCAAUCGACAACACAAGUUAACCCUACAUUGUCAUUCAUAAUUCAUUCAAUCAAAUGGCACACGGUGGCAUGUACUGCUCCUGAUUAUAAAUUCAGUGUUAUUGAAGAGCUCUUUGAAGAUUUUAGAUAUUUCAAAAGAUUCAUUCUCUUUAACCAGGAAUUAACCACGAAAAAUAACGGGUACAUAUUGAAAUCAUUUGUUGAUUUGGAGAUUUUUUUGCAACAGCUUAUUGAAAUCAUUUAUCCAAGAAUGGUGAAGUUAGACAACGAUCACAAAAAGAAAUAUGACAUUCCACCAGCGCAAGCUGAAAGGGGGAUACAGUUUUUCAGUCCUGCUGAAUUAUUUUCAAUUGUGGUUAAUUGGUUCAACGUUGUCCCUGGGUAUGCUUUGUCGGUUGGUAAAACAAUGACUCCUUUGAAAAGGACAUACUACCUUUUUUAUGCCGCUAUUGCAGUGGCUCUAGCUGCAGUUUUCCCCUCUAUUCGAGGAGUCUUUUUGGUGGAUCCUUGGAACAUGAUAUUCGGAAGGACCGAUUUUGAUAAUCUGAUUUAUAGAUUCUCGCCUUCGGACUUGCACAGUUAUGAGCAGUAUCAAUUUUUAUCCCAAUUAAGCAAGAAAUUGCUCCGAAUAAUUAACUUUUUCACAACUAGGCGGAAGCUAUUGUUGAAUUAUCUGGGUAUAAAGCCACACCCAUUUCUGCAUUUCAAAUACAUGGAAAAAGUUGAACCAUUCAAUGAAUAUAAUAAUGUUGUCCGUUUCAAAACCGAAAAAUCAGAUUUGCAAGAAGUAAUGAUUACCAGUUUCAAUGUUAACAAUAUUAUUAACGUUUCCAAUUAUCCAUUGAUGAGGAUGCUCUAUAAUAACAGUAAGAAUGAUGACCACUAUGAAAGCUUUAAGAGAACAAUAGAGAAGGAGAAUCAUGAUCAGAAAGUGAGGAUUAUCAAAUUUAGGGCCACUUACCAAAAGAAAGACACUGAAAAUAAUGACACUUAUACUAGUUAUGACCGUAUCAGAAUGACCAAAAAUAAAGGUGUGCAAGAUACAAACGAAUUAGAUGAUUUUGACUACGACAGAGGUAUGUUCUUAUACGAUUAUAAUAUUGAACAUGCCUUAGCAUGUGUUUUUGAAAUAUUUGGACGUGAGAGUAAAGCCUUUGAUGAUAUUAGAACAAUUAAACAGGGACUUGAAAACUUUGAGUUGGCGCAAAAGGAAAUAGCUAAAUGUGUCUAG